CACUGCACAUUUAUAUAUAAUGCUUGCAUAGUUAUAUACAUUUAUUUAUUACAAAUUUACAAUAUUUCUGUAGAUUAACUCCUCUCUCUCUCACACACACACACUCCACCACCACCACCACCACCAUCUCUCUCUCUCUCUCUCUCUCUCACACACACACACACACACACACACUGUGCCCACCAAUUUAAUUUGCCACACUCAAAAGCUACAAACUUUAGAGACAUAAAAUAUUGUUACACUUUUCAUUGUCGUCUACAUACAAUCAUCAUCCAUUUCACACACAACCAUAUAUAUAUAGGAGUAUUAAUUACUUAUACACCUAUAUAUGUAUAUACAUAUAUCCUAUAUACACAAAAGAAUGCCUUGAAACAAAGUUCCUUCCUUUGCUUCCCUCAUUUCUUUCAACUCAAAAAAUAAUUUAAAAAAAUUAAAAUAAAAAUUAGAAGAGCAAAUAAAAAUGAUGUUGCUGAGAAAAAGCAUCAAAUCUUUGAUAUUUGCAUUUAUUGUAAUAAUUCCCAUUUGUUGCUCUCAGAAUAUUAGCAGAGCAAGUUUUCCAAAAGGUUUUGUCUUUGGCACUGCUUCUUCUGCUUAUCAGUAUGAAGGAGCUGUUAAGGAAGAUGGAAGAGGUCAAACAAUCUGGGACACAUUUGCUCAUUCUUUUGGAAAAGUUGUCGAUUUUAGCAAUGCCGAUGUAGCGAAUGAUCAGUACCACCGUUACAAUGAAGAUAUACAGCUCAUGAAAGAUAUGGGAAUGGAUGCUUACAGAUUCUCAAUUGCUUGGUCCAGGAUUUUCCCCAAUGGAACAGGUGAAAUAAAUCAAGCUGGAAUCAAACAUUACAACAAUCUCAUCGAUGCUUUACUAUCCAACGGAAUCGAACCAUACGUAACACUCUACCAUUGGGACCUCCCUCAAAGUCUCCACGACAGAUAUACAGGAUGGCUUAGCCCUCAGAGCAUAAAAGACUAUGCAGCAUACGCUGAAACCUGCUUUAAGGAAUUCGGUGAUAGGGUGAAGAAUUGGAUAACUUUCAACGAGCCGCAUAUUUUUGCUGUACAAGGCUAUGAUGUCGGCCUUCAAGCUCCGGGUCGAUGCUCUAUCCUUCUCCAUGCUUUUUGUGGGGCCGGAAAUUCGGCUACCGAGCCUUAUAUAGUUGCGCACAAUGUGCUUCUUUCGCAUGCAACUGUUGUUGAUAUUUACAAGAAAAAAUAUCAGCGAAAACAACAUGGAGCGAUCGGGAUAUCCUUGGAUUCUUUCUGGUACGAACCCGCAUCAAAUUCGUACGCUGAUAUGCAAGCAACACAAAGAGCAAUCGAUUUUCACUUGGGUUGGUUUCUAGAACCCUUAAUUCUCGGUGACUAUCCAAAGUCAAUGAGAACAAGAGUCGAAAACCGAUUGCCAAGAUUUUCUCAGGCACAGUCGUCUCAGCUAAAGGGUGCCUUCGAUUUCAUAGGAAUAAAUCACUACACAACUUGGUAUGCAAGAGAAAACAGCACUAACAUAAUGGGUGUUCUGUUCAACGACACAGUUUCAGACUCUGGUGCCUUAACCCUUCCAAUUGUAAUCGGAAAGCCUAUAUUUGACAAGGCAAGUUCUGUGUGGUUAUACAUUGUGCCACAUGGGAUACGAAGUUUGAUGAACUACAUUAAGCAGAAGUACGGGAACCCUCUCAUACUUAUCACUGAAAACGGAAUGGACGAUGGAAACAGCCCGUUUACGUCAAUUAAAGAUGCUCUAAAAGACGAGAAGCGGAUUAAAUAUCACAACGACUAUCUGACUAACCUCUUAGCUGCUAUCAAAGAAGAUGGUUGCAACGUGAGAGGCUAUUUUGCAUGGUCUUUAAUGGAUAACUGGGAAUGGGGAGCUGGAUACAGUUCACGAUUUGGACUUUACUAUGUCGACUACAAUGACAAGCUCAAGAGAUACGCAAAGGAUUCUGUCAAGUGGUUCAAGAAUUUCUUGGCUACUUAAUUUAUAUUUAUUUAAAAAGGGAAAAAAUAAUAAAGUUACAAGAAUUAUAAAAAUUGAUUCAGUAAACAAACAUCGAAACACACACAGUGAGUGUAUACAAUUCACACAAUAAUAUUUAUACAGAUAUAUAUGCAUUCUCUGUGUUUUUUCUUUGCUAAA